UUUAUCGUGUUAAAAACCCCGAAGUGCGCGCAAUACCCUUAUCAGAACCAGAUCUUUAUUACCCAUUUCCAAUUCCUAAGAACUAGUGCAACUAUGUGUAACCCGCACACGGGCACACGUCAGCGUAUCUCGUGCCGCUAACAACCAAUUAACCGACUAAAACACAAUAAAAAUACACACAAUGAACAAAAGCAUGAAGCCAAGCAGAGCGAAACAACCGAAUUUGAACCACGACACGAAAAUGCGAACUUUCACGAGUUUCGUCACAAUCAUUGUGUUUUUUAUAGCGAGCGUCCUAUGCUUCCAGCCGAUGACUAAAGAGGAACAUAUGGAACAGUUCAACAAGAUGGAUGCGGAAGUGGAACCGUUUAGGAAGAAUUUGACAGAAUGCGCGCGGCAAGUUAAAGCAACUAUGACGGACGUGGAAACAUUCCUCAAAAGGGUACCGCAGUCAACGCUGCAGGGAAAAUGCUUCGUCGCUUGCAUUUUAAAACGUAAUUCCAUUAUUGUGAAGAACAAAAUAGUCCCAAGGAACCUUCUGGAUGCGAAUAAAGCGGUAUACGGGGAUGAUAGCGAAGUGUUGGCGCGUUUGAGGAGCGCCAUCAAGGAAUGUUUGAAAGCUGUUGAAGGGAUUUUUGAGAUAUGUGAAUAUGCGUCGGUUUUCAACGAUUGUAUGCAUAUGAAGAUGGAACAUAUCCUGGAUAGAGUGACGAUGGACAGGAGGAUGGAGGCCCUGGGACAGAUGACGACGAACCCUGACGUGUGGACUGAGGAGGAUGAUGAGUUAUUGAAACUUGUUAAAGACGAGCUUUAGCUGUGGGAGCGCCUGUGUGAAACUAAUAGCCAUA